AUGCCGGUUGGGCCGACAAGGUUCAAUAUCUCCAACACACUAGCCUUCACCCGCUGGAUUGGUGUCUACGGCCAAAUAAUUCCGUGGAACUUCCCGAUGAUGAUCUUUAAGUGGACGAUUGCUCCUGUGCUUGCCACCGCAAAUACCAUUGCUUAA